AUGAUUGAGCUGGGCAACUUGCUGCGCGGUGUAUUAGCCGAAAUCCAAAAGUUCAAUAAAAAUGGUGAAUUAACGAAGUAAUUUUUAAUGUUUCAGCCAAACGACGUCCUUUAAACUCGUCUGAACUAAACCGAUUGCAAAACUUCAAAAAGGAACUAUCCAAAGCUGUAAUUUAUUUCGUAUAUUCAAUGAAACACAUUUAGAAAGCGGAUAUAAACUACAAGAUCGACGCUAUGGAAUCAGAGUCAAUUAGAUCGAGUUUUCUUCAUGAAAAGCUGAUGGAAGCUAAACUGAAUAUGGAGACUGAUAAGAGAGGUAAGGAAAAUAGUCAUCGUGUAUAUAUAUACCGUUUUUAACUUCCCUGCAAAUUAGAACUGACCGAUGCUGUCAAAGAAAUAACAAAGCAGUCAGUUGAUGAAAUUUCUCACGACAUUUGUGAGACACAGACGCAAGCAAACAAGAUAGCGAUUAAAAAGAAGACUAUACUUGCGAACAUUGAAUCCCUGAGGUUGGUUUUAUUCUAUUUGAUGAAAUAGAUUUGAGUCUGGGGACAUUAAGGCUGUGUUUAUCAAAGCAUCCGCAACAGAGGCUCUAACAAGUCACGUCGUUUGUCCGUCUUAUUUGUGAGGUGGAGCCCGACAAGUGUACAUACAGGCAUGCUAGAGUUUGUUUAAAUUCAGGAAUUGUAGUUCCAGCUUAACCGGGUUUUCGUAAUUUGCCUAAAAUUAACAAAAUGUGGAAGGGAAUAAGCCAAUACUUAACUGUUGUUGAAAGCGUAGUAGCGCCAAACACAACGUACAACUGGAAGACGAAAAAGGAGCAUUUUCACUUGACAACAGACUUCGGGGAUACUGAAUAGCUGAUAAAUAAUACGCGUUCGUUAGGUGAUUCCAAAGAAUGACAAAAGGCUUUGAUUAUUCGGUAUUUUUUCAACCAGACAGAAGGUAAACCCGUCAUCUGGUCAUGUCAGAAGAUCAUUUGAUCUUUAAAAUAUCACUAGAUCUCCAGUUGCACGGGCAGCUCGAAUUUUUUGAAGUUGUGAAAUGUUCUCCGCUAGGACUUACAGUCGGACUUUAGUUUUUCAUCAACUUGCUCUGUUUAAAUUGAUAAAGCACUAUCAAGUCAACUGGUCUUUGGAUCUAAGUAAUUGUUACACCACAGCCAAACAUAUAAAUACUCCAUAUCACUCGGCCUCCUUGUCGAGAUUGUAAACAAGUCGUAGAAUUUGACUACAGAUUUCUUAUGCGUAUGGUGGCGAAUCCGCAAAAACUAGCGGCAUAACUUUCUUGACACACCUAGGUGCAACAGAGAGUUUUGUCGGCUAUUCUAUGCCUGUUCAGUCUGUCGAACGCGUGCGAACAUCGAAAUUUUGGUUAAAGCCGAUAAGGACCUAAGGGUUUCAGUUCAUGCUUGCACCUUGUUACAUUUGCAUCGCAUACCUUUUAUAAAAACGAUUGCCGUACUUCAAUUUUGAGGUACACGUUUAUGUUUUUCUUAUAUUUACCGUCUGUUAACAGUUGUCCGAGUAUUUUGAAAUUACUUCUCUUUAAAAAAAUCCAACUUGCGUAAAGUUCUUUCAUUUUACGAUCGGCAGGGACGUUUCACAUUUUCCCAUUUUAAGUGGCAAUUUCGUCCGGUGGAAGGGGUUGGUUUGUUGAGCACUGACUAAGGAUCCAGUACAGUGAGAUACGGAGUCAAUUUUACCCAUAUCAAACCGUAAUAGGCCCAUCGUUGUGUAGAACGAAAUUAUUGAUUUGAUCUAUUAAGUUUAUAACUCUUUUUUGAAAAAUUAACCUUUGUGGAGAAAUUUGUGGAAUUGAGCAUGAAACGAGAAUAAACAACACCAACGAAUAGCUUAUAGGGCUUAUACAAUCAACGAACCCCUCUCAGUAUACUUUUAAAAGCAAUACAAACUCAGGGUAUAUGUAGUUACGAUCUCCAUCAUUUCAGAGGGUUUUCUGACGAACCAGUUUCUUUCUUCCUCAAAUUAAUCGACAUUUUUGGAGAUUUUACUAAAACUAGCAGUCUGUCCUCAUACUUGCGUUCGUACUGGCCUGCAAGCCACUAGCGUUUACCAAACAUUUUACAAUCUUUUACAUUUAUGCUCACAUAAAUAAGCAAGUUCUACUCACCUCUCGCUCAUACUGGGAACUUCAUUAUGAUACAGGUCGUCUGAUGGGUAUUAGAACGAACUUUGCAAUUUCACUGGCCAGGAUGUUGAAUUCUGGGAUUUUAAAACUUUAUACUCGAAAACUUGUCAAAUUUAAUCAAAAAAUUUUUUACAUAUUCGUCAAAUGCACGCCAAAUGUCCCUUGAGUAAAAAUUUUAAACAAAGUCUUGCUUAUUUAAGACCCAUUGUCCUCGUCGAUAUCUUUACAUGUUUUCCCAACUAUUUUGAAAACUCGUUUGCUAUAAGAUACUUCGGUCCUAAAGCUACUUUGGGCAUCAUGUUAGAAAUAAAAAACAAAGGUAGUAUCGCAAGCAGAUACAGUUGUUUUAACAGUAAUCCACUUUCAAAUCCACAGUUUGAUCGAGAACUUGAGUUUUGCCAAAUGUAAAUAUAUUCGUCGAUAAAAAGUCAUUCGGAGCAACGGAUUUCAGUUAAAGGUAGCAGGUUUUUACCGACAAAGACAAGGGAGACUGGAAUGGCCAUUUCUGGCUUAUUAGCCGCCGUCAGCCAGUCAUACCCAACCUCGAAGUGUGACACACCCGAGGCUCGAAAUCGCGACCUGUUAGUUAGAAGUCCAACGCCUUCAACCAUUGGGCCAUGAGCCCGUUGUUCUGUCGGUUUUCGAUCGGGAAUGUACAGUGGUAGGGGCGCUCAUCUAGUUUUGUAUGUUUUGACAGAUGGCCAAAAUUUCAAAUCUGUCAUUGCGGGCUGUUUGCGGCUCUAGAUCGUGAUCCGUUUGUGCUUUGUUGUUUACCCAACCCGCUACGAGACACUGCGAAAGCGCUUUUAUCCCGAUAAUCCUCACGGUUAUCCCAAUAUAAAAAUACGCUAACUUUCAAAUUUGGUUCAGCAGCUUAUGAGGAUAAUUUGUUUUCGAAUCACAAAAUCAUUAGGCGUCUUUGCUCAAAUUUCAAAAGAUUAUAGAACAAGGGUUUAGAAGAAUAGCAGAAUUCAUAAUCCUUCGCGGCGGUGGGAAGAUUUGUGAGCAAUAUAACAGUCUUUUGUGAGGAGAGGAGACUUCUCAAGUAUUCAGUUUGUUUUUUCUUAAGGACACAUAUAAAAAUGCCAUCCUCGUUAAUCUAUAAAUGAUCAUUUAUGUGAAUAAGCACGUAAAAAUUACAAGGCACCGAACAUACGUUGGGACUUCAUAACAAUUGUAAUUACUGUUCUAAAGACCCAGAUAGUUUGAGCGCAUAAUUCCUAAUGAUAGUCCAGAAUCAAGUUACACACCCGCUCUGAGAUCAACUGGGUAUGAUUACGUACUGGGUAGUGUGAACCAGAUAAAAAACAAAUUCGAGAUCUACCUUUCUCUUGGCAAUGUGAUCGAGCUUUUUUGUUCUGAGUUACAUUAUGCUCUAUAAUGACUUAAAUUCGUGCCUUCUUUCCGUUCUUGAAUAUUAAAAAUGGGCAAGAAACGGAUUGUGCUACUGAAUUUGCCCAGUCCACGAAAUUCAUCUGUAUCUUAGUGGAAGACCUCUAGCCCGCAGCUUAUUGCUAUUUAAAGGGAGUAUGUGAUAGUGUCUGACUUAAUACUUAUUCCAAACUAACCAUGCAUAUCGAAACAAAAUAUAGUUGGACAAUUUAAUAAAAUUUGCUUACAAGGUGGUUAAAGUCCGGUUUUCUUAAUGAAUACUUUAUCGCAAGUAAUAUUUGCAAAGAUCCAAGUCAUAGAAUAAGCGCUAACGAAUUUUAGACAAAUGGCCGAUUUUCCAUUUUCGCCAAUGAGAUUUUUCUAUUAUUACUAGCACUGGUAAUGCUUUGAACUAGAACAUAUCAUACAUGCAUAUGUAUGUUAUAGUUUUGUUGCUAUAUUUUUAUGCAAAGAAUUUAAUGUGCCAGGUUUAACAUAUUCAGUGUUUAUUUAACUGAAAAGCGAUCAGGUCCAUUCGCUUGAGCAGAAAAAGGCAGCAUCAUCUAACACUCUCAAUGAUACACUCAUGGAGAAAUCGACAAAACAAAUAAAUCUAACUGAAAUCAAUGCCAAAGUUCUGGAUCUUCAACAAAAGGUUACGCAUUUAUUGUUUCAGUAA